AUGAAUAAAAAGAGAAAGCGUCAAAACCAGCAGGAGGGCGGUCAGUAUAUAAAGAAGCCCCCAAACGCCUUCAUGCUGUUCCUGAAUGAGCAAAGGCCACACGUUGAGGCCGAAAUCAGAAGCCGAGGGAAUGCGGCUGUAAACACGGUCCUGGGACAGAAGUGGAAGUCACUGUCACAGGAACAGCAGGCCACAUAUUACGAACAGGCCGACAGAGAAAGACGGCUCCACGCCCAGCAGCACCCGGAGUGGUCGUCCAGUCACAACUAUGGCAAAAAGAGGAAGAGAGAAAGAAGAAGGAAGCCCACCUGUGCUGAAGAUGAAACACAGCAGGCCAAGAAAGUGUGUGUGACUCCAGUGCAGACAGCAGUGACGGAGGCCUUGGUCCCACAGACAGAUGUGUUUGAGCCUCACGCACACGCAGGUGCGUUCGAGCCUCACGCAUACGCAGGUGUGUUCGAGCCUCACGUACACACAGAUGUGUUCGAGCCUCACAGACACACAGAUGUGUUCGAGCCUCACGUACACACAGAUGUGUUCGAGCCUCACAGACACACAGAUGUGUUCGAGCCUCACAGACACACAGAUGUGUUCGAGCCUCACAGACACACAGAUGUGUUUGAGCCUCACAGACACACAGAUGUGUUCGAGCCUCACAGACACACAGAUGUGUUAGAGCCCAGCAUUCAGUAUGUGACGUUGUCCCUGCCUCCUGACUGGAUGUUCCAGCAACAGCUUCCAGUUCAUUCGCCUCCACCAACUCACACACAGACGUAUAUCAGCCAGUCACAGACAAGCUACCCAGCCAAUGACGGAGCAGCUCGAGCCCCUUCCAAUCACUGCACAGCCUCAGCUGCACAUGGACAGACUCAGUAUACAUAGAAAUCAGGACUUGGUCACCAGGUGCACCAAGAUUGAUUUACGUAAUAAAUAUUCAUCUUCUUCAUCUAAA